GAUGUGAAGAGCAAACACAAGUUCAAGCUGCAGACGUACUCCAGCCCCACCUUCUGUGACCACUGUGGCUCACUGCUCUAUGGGCUCAUACACCAGGGCAUGAAAUGCUCCUGCUGUGAAAUGAACGUUCACAAGCGCUGUCAGAGCAGUGUUCCCAGCCUCUGUGGCCACGACCACACAGAGAAGAGGGGGCGGAUCCACAUCACCGCGCGCAUAGAGAGGGAGGACAUGUAUGUCACAGUCCGUGAGGCUCGUAACCUCAUCCCUAUGGACCCCAACGGCCUGUCUGACCCCUACGUGAAGCUCAAACUGAUCCCUGACCCCAAGAGCCAAAGCAAACAGAAAACCAGGACCAUGCGCUCCACUCUCAACCCUGUGUGGAAUGAAAGCUUCACCUUCUCUGUGCGAGGACGGCAGUGGGACCGGCGCCUGUCUCUAGAGGUGUGGGAUUGGGAUCGCACAUCUCGGAAUGACUUUAUGGGAGCGCUGUCAUUUGGUGUCAGUGAGAUAUUCCGCCGUUCCGUCAGUGGCUGGUUUAAGCUACUCCACCAGGAUGAGGGAGAGUACUACAACAUCCCCGUUCCUGACCCUGACCUAGAGGAGCCUGUUCCUGACGUGCCUCCCAUUCUCCCCUCUCCGACCCCAGUGACUGUGCCCUCAGCCGUGCCUGUGCCGGUGCCCGUGGCUACGCCGGCCCCCGUCUCCGUCUCAGUCUCCAUCUCCCCUGUUGCCAUCCCAGUCGCCCCGUGCCCGCCGGCGCUCCCCGUGGGCAAGGCUGGCAUGUCCCUGCAGGACUUCAACUUCCUGAUGGUGCUGGGGAAGGGCAGCUUUGGAAAGGUGUUACUGGCUGAGGAGCGUGGCUCUGAGCGCCUGUUUGCGGUGAAGGUGCUGAAGAAGGACGUGCUCUUCCAGGAUGAGGACACCGAGAGCGCCCUGGUGGAGCGGAGGGUCCUGGCGCUCACCGGCAGACCUCACUUCCUCACCGCACUCUACUGCGCCUUCCAGACCGAGGAGCGCCUGUAUUAUGUGAUGGAGUAUGUGAAUGGAGGUGACCUGAUGUUUCACAUCCAGAUUGUGGGCAAGUUCAAGGAGCCUCAUGCUGCGUUUUAUGCUGCAGAAAUAGCUAUUGGUCUAUUCUUCCUGCAUAGCAAAGGGAUCAUCUACAGAGACCUGAAGCUGGACAACGUGCUGCUGGACAGUGAGGGCCACAUAAAGAUAGCGGACUUUGGGAUGUGCAGGGAGGGGAUGAUCGAGGGGGACACCACGCGCACUUUCUGUGGGACACCUGAUUACAUCGCCCCUGAGAUUGUGGCGUAUCAGCCCUAUGAUAAGGCAGUGGACUGGUGGUCCUAUGGAGUGCUGAUGUAUGAGAUGCUUGCUGGACAGCCUCCCUUUGACGGUAUUGAUGAGGAGGAGUUGUUUCAGUCCAUCAUGGAACAGAGUGUCUCCUAUCCCAAGAGUCUCUCCCGCGAGGCUGUGUCCAUCUGCAAAGGGCUCCUGACUAAGCACCCGGGGAAGCGUCUGGGCGGAGGAGAGGAUGCUGAGAGGGAGAUUCGGGAGCAUCCUUUCUUCCGCUGGAUUGAUUGGGACAGACUGGAGAGGCUGGAGGUCCAGGCGCCAUUCAAGCCCCGAACCGGUGGGCGGAAAGGUGAAAACUUUGAUAAGUUCUUCACAGGGACCUCUGCGACCCUGACUCCAUCUGACCCGGAUGUGCUUGCUGCCAUCGAUCAGGAAGACUUCCAGGGCUUCACUUUCGUGAACCCUGAGUUACCCUCCACUCCCCUCACAGCAGUCUGAUCCAUUCAACCAUUAGCUACGUAAUGAUCUUAACACUGACAUCAGUUAAUACUAAAUAUAAUCGCCUUUUAAAUCAUGGUCAAAAGAACACUAUUCCAAAACUAUUGUUCCAUCUGGAUUACAAUAUCGCCAUAAGAGCAAUACUGUAACAACAAACACAAACAGCUUGCAUUAAAACAUUAAUUUAAACUGUCAAAUUAAUGGAAUGACCUCAUCUUCUAUUCACAGUGCGCUGUUCUAUAAUCUUGACCCACACUAGAGAAAGAACAGGGUAUAUCAGUUUUUUUUCUCAGCUUACUCAUGAUGACAUUUUUUAGACACAAUAAAACAAUUGCAUGCUGAAAACAAUCCAGCUCUAUCGAAGUAGUUUCUAAAAUGCCAUAAAAGUCAUCCUAUAAGGUGCAAAUUGUUUGUUUAGAAUACAAAUAUUUCAUUACCCUUCAUGUAAUCUAAAAUCAACACCUUAGACAGGUCUUCCAAAAAGGACCUCUCCUGGACUAAAACGCUUAGUUUAGCUCUAUCUGCAGUGUAAUUUCUUGUGUUUAAUUUCAGCGUUCAAUAAAAAGCCACAAAAUCACUCUACGCCUACAUAUCCUCACACCUCUCUAUUCAUGCGAUAUUUACGUAGCAUAUGGUCCAUAAUCCUUAUGAAGUUGUUGAUGUCAUAAAAUCUGAGUCUAAAAGAUAUGAUAUUACAUAUCCAAAUGCUUUAAUGAAGAAGGAACAGAAAUGUCUGCUGUACAAAGACAGGUCAAAGGUAUCAGACAAUGGUCAGAUAGAGAAAAGCAGUUUAAAUGACAAAUCUAUUUGCUGAUGUGUUUAAUGUCUUUUGCACAAUGACAUUUGCACUUUUACGGUAUCUGCUCCGUUUUUUUUCUUUUUGGCUGUAAAGCAGCUCAAUAUAAUACAUAGCCCAAUACUUUUCAGAGAAUUGUAUGUAUACUGCCAGUAAAAGAUACUGUAAAAUAUUUACCAAAGUCUUAUUAUCAAUAAUUGGACAAUGUAGAAUGCAACCGCCCACACACAUACACACAAUCUACCUGCGUAAAUCUGUCGUAAUUAUCUUACAUUCUUACAAUUAUAGUACUGCUACAUUACCCCUUUUUCUGUCAGAGGGCUGAUUCUAUGUGAACUUUAAAAUCUGGCCCAGUUCUGACCUGGAGUGACCUAGGCUGCUUGACCUGUGAGAGGGCUGACUUUGCAUGAAGCGAUAACAGCGCCCUCAUGCAUCUUAAACCUGCUCGCCCCCGCAGACGUCAAGCCAUCAGUGACACCGCUAGAUACCACAAGUGACAUCGGAGGUGAGGAGAAGCCCGCAGUACGGCUCUGCAGAUCCAUCACCGUCAGCGUGCAACUGAGGGAAUGUGCAACCCAUUGUAGUUA